CGCCCGUAUACCACCCUCCUUUAGUCCCUAUUUGCUUGGAAGAAACCCACAAGAGUUGACGUUAGAGGAGAGCCGCCCCUCCCUGUCUCCCUCUUCUUCCCCGCCUCACCCCUAAUAACUAAAAUCUCUACUUUGUUUACCUCUAUCUCAGCUCGUCGGAAGCUUAUACAUCAGCUCAGGGUUUCUGAUUGAAGAUCAUGUUACGAGCAAAACAGCUUAGUAACCUUUCCAGUAAUGCAAGGUCAUUUUUUCUUAGUGGAUCACGGUCUAAUGCUGCAGAUGGUAGUUCAUGCACUUGCUCUGAAGAUGAAACCUGUGUUCCAAGAAGGCAGCAAACAAGAAAUAAUGUUCUACUUGCACAUGAUGCAUCUGCUGUAGCCCCCAAAACUUCAGCAAGUGCAGAAACCUCUGUUUUGAGAGAUGCUGGAAAAUUGUUGGGUCGUCAGAAAGUUGAUGGCAUUGAGCACCCAACUUUGCCUGAAGCUGUGUCAGCUCCUACUUCUGGGAGAUCAGUUUGUGUUAGCUAUGCCAGUGGCAUUGAUACAGUUGAGAAAGAUGUUGCAUACCCUUCACCUCCAAUUUCAGAUCAGGUUGUGAAAGCAGGUAUUGCAGCAAUUAGUUUUCUAUCUGAUUUGGUAACGUACAAAAUUCCUAUAUCUGAUGGAAGUGGAAUUAACUUACCUAAAAACUGCAUGGUUGACCCCACCAGGACACAUUCUACUCUAAAAUCUUCAAAUGUGAAACACAUCAGGAGGGAGAACUUUUCUAAAGUUUAUCCGAAACCAUCCCCAGGGACAGUAGUCCAGUCUGAUAUUAGUGACUCUAACAAUUCGAAGGAUAAAGGUGACAGAUCAAGUUCUGUCAGAGGUUCCAAACGUGUUUCAAGUACUGCUCCUGGUAGUUCAGUGAAAAAUCAUGGCAUAGCUUCGGGUACUGAUAAAAGGAGGAAUAUACCUCAGAGACCAAAAGGUCAAUCAAAUCGGUAUGUGACAAAUUUUAGUGCCCAUGUACAGGCUCAAGAUUCAAAGGUUGGGGAGCGCUUCUGUGAAGAUUAUGGAACACUUUCAAGGGAUGCUAAAAUGACAGCAAUAAUGGUACCAAGUACCAGACAGUUUGCAAGCAAUGGGCACAUUGUGGAAAAUGUUUCUCAGAUACUGAGACAACUAAGGUGGGGUCCUGCAGCAGAGAAAGCUCUUGGCAAUAUUAAUUAUUCAUUUGAUGCAUAUCAAGCAAACCAAGUUCUGAAGCAGCUUCAAGAUCAUACAGUUGCUUUUGGCUUUUUUAAUUGGUUAAAACAGCAACCUGGGUUCAAGCAUGAUGGCCACACUUACACAACCAUGGUUGGCAUCCUUGGCCGUGCAAAGCAGUUUGGUGCAAUUAAUAAAUUGCUUGAUCAGAUGGUCAAGGAUGGAUGCCAACCUAACGUUGUAACUUAUAAUCGUCUUAUUCACAGUUAUGGUCGUGCAAACUACCUACAUGAAGCAGUUAAUGUGUUUAAACAAAUGCAGAAGGCAGGGUGUGAACCUGAUCGUGUUACUUACUGCACACUCAUUGACAUUCACGCAAAAGCUGGGUUUCUUGAUUUUGCUAUGGAGAUGUACCAAAGAAUGCAAGUUGCUGGCCUUUCACCAGACACAUUCACUUAUAGUGUUAUAAUAAACUGCCUUGGAAAGGCUGGCCAUUUAGCUGCUGCCCACAAGCUAUUUGGUGAGAUGGUUCAACAAGGAUGUGUUCCAAAUUUAGUCACCUACAAUAUCAUGGUUGCUUUGCAAGCCAAAGCAAGGAAUUACCAGAGUGCAUUAAAGCUUUAUCGUGACAUGCAGAAUGCUGGAUUUGAACCUGACAAAGUAACUUAUAGCAUAGUUAUGGAGGUUCUUGGACACUGUGGUUAUCUUGAUGAAGCAGAAGAGGUUUUCUUUGAGAUGAAAAGAAAGAAUUGGGUGCCUGAUGAGCCUGUCUAUGGCCUUCUAGUAGACUUGUGGGGAAAGGCUGGGAAUGUUGAGAAGGCUUGGGAAUGGUACCAGACCAUGCUCCAUACUGGCUUGCGCCCAAAUGUGCCCACUUGCAAUUCUCUUCUCAGUGCAUUCCUACGUGUGCACAGGCUUGCAGAUGCUUAUAACUUGCUGCAGAGCAUGUUGAAAUUGAAUUUACACCCUUCUUUGCAGACUUAUACAUUGCUUCUCAGUUGUUGUACAGAGGCAAGCUCACCACACGACAUGGGGAUUUAUUGUGAACUCAUGGCAGUCUCAGGCCAUCCAGCACAUGCAUUCCUGUUGUCGUUACCAUCAGCUGGACCUGACGGUCAAAAUGUGCGGGAUCAUGCAAGCAAGUUCUUGGAUCUGAUGCAUAGUGAAGAUAGAGAGAGCAAAAGGGGACUCAUUGAUGCUGUGGUUGAUUUUCUUCACAAGUCAGGGCUCAAGGAGGAGGCUGGCUCAGUUUGGGAGGUAGCUGCACAGAAGAAUAUAUAUCCUGAUGCUGUCAAAGAGAAGGGUUCUUGCUAUUGGCUUAUUAACUUGCAUGUUAUGUCUGAUGGUACUGCUGUGACAGCAUUGUCUAGGACGCUUGCUUGGUUUCGCCGCGAGAUGCUAGUCUCAGGCAUUAGUCCUAGCCGUAUUGAUAUAGUGACUGGCUGGGGAAGGCGGAGUAGGGUAACAGGAUCUUCUUUAGUGAGGCAGGCUGUACAGGAAUUGCUGCAUAUUUUCAGAUUUCCCUUUUUCACCGAAAAUGGCAAUUCCGGGUGUUUUGUUGGGUGUGGGGAGCCUCUUAACGCAUGGUUGCUCCAAUCUUAUGUGGAGAGGAUGCAUUUACUAUAAGUAGCUUCUGUUUAUCUUUAUUGUUGCUUAUGCACAAUUUUGCCGCGGUGUCAUUUGCAUAUCUAUGUAUUUAUGCAUGUCAAGAUACAAGAUAACUUUCUAUUCGCUAACUGCUACCUGUAUAAGUAGCAGAUUAGAGCGUAGGAUGGUCGCUUUGUGUUUUCUCCUGUAUCUGAUUGCAUUACAGUAAUUGAAAGCCAUUUUUUAUC